AUGGCCACUGGCAUGAAUUGCGAAAAAGGCUACAUCCUGAUGAUCAUGAUCGUGUCCGUGGGAGUGUUCAACCUGAUCAUGGCAAUUUUCAUCGAUAACGUAACUGGCUCUCAGCAAGCCCGUCGAAAUCGUGAGCUGGCGGACACGGCCGAACGGGUUCGCGUCACGAUCAAAGAGCACGUCGCCAGGUUUUUGGGCAAGGAUAUCAGGAACAGGCGGACCUUCAUCCAUGGUGACAUGACCAAAAGAGCUGACCUCUUGGAUGAGCAGUUGACAGCUGAAGAGGUCGUCAUUCAUCGCGAGUCCUUUCAGCGCUGGCUUCAGGACCCGGAGUUCACAGAAGC